AUGACUGCCUGGGCCAGGGAGAGGGUGAAGAUUCUGGUGAAGAUGAGGGUGAGCUGGUGGGUGUACACCCUGAGCACCUUGCCAGGUACUCUGUCUGGGCCGGCAGCCUUCCUGGGGUUCACUGCAAGGAGCACCCGUCUGACAUCGUGCUCCCUCACAGUGAGUGGGGUGGUGCAGGAGCCAGGUGGGGUCGGGGGCAGGGCUGGGGUAGCACAGGAACCAGAUGGGGUGGAGGCAGGGCUGGGGCAGAUGAGUGGUGCUGUUGUGAUGUCUCAAAGCGGAUCAGCUCUCAGUGACACUGAGUCAGUGUUUGUUAAGAGAACAGAGGAACAUGGCUUCAUCCUUUCUCAGGGUCUCCUGCUCUUCAUCAAGACACAGCAGUACUUCAUCAGCCUCUACACAGCAGAUGGAUAUCUGUAUUACAACACGGACCGUUGUGACUUUAACUCGUCUGAUCUGAAGGACAUCGAGUUCAUCAGGUCUUUAUAUUUCAACAAGAUGGAGAUCAUCAGGUUCAGCAGCAGUUUGGGGAAGUUUGUUGGAUACACUGAGUACGGAGUGAAACAGGCUGAGUACUUUAACAAAGAUCCUUCAGUUCUGGCUCAGAUGAGAGCUCAGAAGGAGAGAUACUGCAAACGAAAUGUUGAUAUUGACUACCAGAAUGUUCUGAUUAAAUCAGCUGAGCCAUAUGUCAGACUCCACUCUAUGGCGCCCCCCGGGGGUAAACAUCCAGCCAUGUUGGUCUGCAGUGUCUACGACUUCUACCCCAAACAGAUCAGAGUGACCUGGACCAGAGACGGACAGGAAGUCACCUCUGAUGUCACGUACACUGAUGAGCUGGCAGACGGUGAUUGGUACUACCAGAUCCACUCUCACCUGGAGUACACGCCCAGGUCUGGAGAGAAGAUCUCCUGUAUUGUGGAACACGCCAGCCUGAAAGAACCUCUGAUUACUCACUGGGACCAGUCUAUGUCUAAGACUGACAGAAACAAAAUCCUCAUCGGAGCCUCAGGACUGAUCCUGGGUCUGGUGGUCUUUCUGGCUGGAUUCCUCUACUACAAGAGGAAGGCCCGAGACCUGUCCAAGUCUGAUUCUGAGAGGAACAAGAUCGCCUUUGGAGCCUCAGGACUGAUCCUGGGUCUGGCGCUAACUGCAUUCUUCUUCUACAAGAGGAAGGCCGAAGACCUGUCCAUGCUGGAGUUUCAGAGGAACAAGCUCAUCAUCGUGGCAUCAGGACUGAUCCUGGGUCUGGUCUUAUCUCUGGCUGCAUUAAUCUUCUACAGGAGGAAGACCUGCGGUCAGAUUCCUGGUUCAAAACCAGUUCAGACCAGUUCAGACCAGUUUAAAAAGGCUGAUCCUACCUUCUAGUCUCCACAGCACUGUGGAGGAAG